ACAUGCAGGUGCGUUCAAAGAAGCCCGUUUGGUUCCUGUUCAAGCUGAUGGAGCUGCUGCUGAGCCUGGGAUGCUGCAUCGUCCACUGGCGUUGCUUCAAGGAGGAAGGUGUUCCCCACAUUUUCCUGCUAUGUGGCACCUAUGGCGGCUCGGUGAUCAUCUGCAUCGUGUCCCUAAUUGGAGCCUUCUAUGCGGAGAGACCCACUAUGAAGCACGAAGCUGCUUUUGGGGGCAUCUUGGGAGGUCUGCACAUGUUCACCGUUUACGCCCACAUGUACAUGGCCACUUUGGAGGAGUUUCGCACUGAGAAGUGGCCUGAUUUCUACGUGUGCUGCCGGGAUAACGCCAUUUUAGCCCUCUAUGCUGGGGCUAUUUACCUGCUGCACUGCACCUUCGCCCUGGACUUGAUGCUGUCCCAUCAGCGCAGGAAGCACCCGCAGAGGAGCAAGCGACCACUGCAGCUGUACUUCAUCAGCCGGGGGGCAGAGGCCUAUCUCAGCCGCUUCUGGUGGUUCCAGCGCAUCUCCGCCAAAAUGCUGACCAGCGCCCAGCCAUCGGAGCACUCUAGCCGUAGGCGCCAUGUGUCCUCCUCCUCCGAAUCGGACUCGGAAGCAGGUGACAGGUCGGGAAAUUUAAAGGAGGCGGAAUAUAACUGAUCUUUACUACUUAUAAAGUUUUUCCAAUUUCAAACUUAGGUUUUACAUGUUUUUUUUAAGAUUUCAAAAACUAAUUAUCAAUGUAUCAAUUAUUAUUAAAUUCUAAACGAGAAGUAACGAAAGAUCAUACAAAUAACAAAGGAUAACUUUUUUAUAGAAGUUUUGGUUUAUGUUAUCUAUAACAAAAUAAAUCAAAGUUUAUUUUUCAGCUUUGUUAAAUGCUUUUUUAAA